AUGACCGAAGUCGCGGCCCAGCUACCUUAUACCAAUGGCAACACCAAUGAGGUAAAAGAAGAGCUCAAGAGCAGCCAAAACUCGCCCACAAAAAUCGCUGUCCCGGCGCCCAAGGACGAAAAUGGUGGCUACCUCGAUGAAGAUGACAUCCCAUGGGCUGUCCGUCUCCAAAUGGAGGCCGCUGAAAAGAAACCGAAAAAGAAAGAAAAGAAGGACAAGAAAGAUAAAAAGCGGAAGUACGCCGAUUCGGAUGAUUCCGACGAUUACAAGGAGAAAAAGAAAUCGAAGUCCAAGAAGGAGGAGAAAAAAGAUUCGAAGCGGACUAGCGUGAGUAGCAGCGCCAAGUCGUCUCCGGUGAAGAGCGGCGGAAGAAAGAAGAAAGAGGAAGAGAAGGAGGACGUGUGGGAAUGGUGGAAGGAAGAGAAAACAGACGAUUCGAUCAAGUGGAAGACGUUACAACAUAUGGGUCCCGUCUUCUCGGCCCCUUACGAGCCGUUGCCGUCGCACGUCAACUUCUUCUACGACGGAAAGGUGGUCAAACUUGGGGCCGCCGCCGAAGAAGUGGCUGGAUUUUACGCUCGGAUGCUCGACCACGAGUACACGACGAAGGAGAUGUUCAACAACAAUUUCUGGAAGGAUUGGCGAAAGACAAUGACUGCGGCCGAGCGGGAAUUGAUCACUGACUUGAAGAAGUGCGACUUCCGCCAGAUUGACGAGCACUACAAACUCCUUUCUGAACAGCGCAAAGCCAUGACGAAGGAAGACAAGUUGAAAUUGAGGGAGAAAAAUGAGGCCGACAUGAAGGUUUACGGGUUCGCAAUUAUCGACGGGCACAAGCAGAAGAUAGGGAAUUUCCGGUUGGAGCCCCCGGGUCUCUUCCGUGGUCGUGGUGGCCAUCCGAAGAUGGGUAAAUUGAAGCGUCGCGUCAUGCCGGAAGAUGUGAUCAUCAACUGUUCAAAGUGCUCCGAGAUCCCGAAGCCUCCCCCUGGCCAUAAGUGGAAGGAGGUCCGACACGACCCAAAGGUCACUUGGCUGUGCUGCUGGACGGAGAACGUCGGCGGGCAAAAUAAAUACAUGAUGCUGAACGCGAACAGCAAGAUAAAGGGCGAGAAGGACUACUCGAAGUUUGAGACGGCUCGACGCCUCAAGACUCGCAUUGACAAUAUUCGGGAGGUCUACCGUGGCGACUGGAAGAGCAAGGAGAUGAGGCUUCGACAGCGCGCGGUUGCAUUGUACUUUAUUGAUAAGCUGGCUCUUCGUGCGGGUAACGAAAAGGAUACCGAAGAAGCCGCAGACACUGUUGGUUGCUGCUCUCUUCGUUGCGAGCACAUCAACCUCCACGAGGAACUGGAUGGGCAAAAUUACGUGGUAGAAUUCGACUUCCUCGGAAAGGAUUCCAUUCGUUACUACAACAAAGUGCCCGUCGAAAAAACUGUCUUCAAGAAUCUCAAGCUGUUCAAGGAAGGCAAGGAGCCGGAUGACGACCUGUUUGAUCGGCUUGAUACCUCCACUCUUAACCAACAUCUUCAAUCGCUCAUGCCGAACUUGACGGUCAAGGUGUUCCGUACCUACAACGCAUCCAUCACGUUGCAGGAUCAGCUGGACAAAUUGACAAAUCCGAAAGACAACGUGCACCAGAAGAUCCUCUCCUACAAUCGCGCCAAUCGACAGGUCGCCAUCCUGUGUAACCAUCAGCGUGCGGUGCCAAAGACUCACGACGCGAGCAUGGCGAAUUUGGAAAAGAAGAUCAAAGACAAGAAGAAAGAGCUGAAGGAUGCGAAGGCCGAGUACGAGAAGGCAAAGUCCGGUGACAAGGAGAAGGCUAAGAAAAAGAUGGAUCGAUUGAAGGACCAGUACAAGAAGCUGAAGAUCAAUCGCACUGAUAAGGAUGAGAACAAGCAGAUUGCUUUGGGUACUUCAAAGCUGAACUAUCUCGAUCCGCGGAUCACGGUCGCCUGGUGCAAGAAGAACGAUGUGCCAAUUGAAAAGAUAUUUUCCAAGACUCAUCGCGACAAGUUCCGAUGGGCGCUCGAUAUGGCUGAUGAAGAAUUCGUGUUC